AUGUCUAAUGAAGUUGUGUUGUGUCUGUGUUUCAGGUUGGGUGUUGUCUUGAGAAAACCACCAUGGUCUCUGCGAGAUGUUUUAGAAUGCUAUGAAAAACAUUGGAUAGCAGUAUUUGGUCAAUUCUUUGACAGAAAAUUGCAGACUUCUGUGAUCUCAUUGUUGAAGCAUUUCAAACAGAGCACAGGCUAUGGUACCAACAUCAGACAAGCUUGCUGUCUCUUGGAUGAUGCAUUGUGUGUUGUGGGCGAACUAAGUGUGAAAAAACAGUAUUCUGACUUAACUAAGGAACCUCGGGCAAUUUUCUCCAAGUUAAAGGAUCUUGGCAACAAAGUAUUAGAGGGCUUUAAAGAGAUUGAGGAUGUCCCCGAUUUACAGGUGUACCUGGGCAAGGUGCCCACAAUCACAACACAGGUACAACACCACAGUCCAUCACUGGAAGGCUCUAUGGUCAGUCUGGACACAGAGGACCUCAGCUCCAGUACCUCCACUCACACACUGUACCAGCAUGAGGCUGAUGCUAACUUAGUCAAGGAGAAAUUCCAGAAGUCUUGGGAAGCCAUUGAUAAUUACUGCAAUGAGGUGCAGCAAAUGAUGCAGCGAGGUGCGAUGGAUGAGGUGUACGCCUCAGUGUAUGAACAUCUGCCAGUUCUCUCAGAUCUCCGCAAAAACUUCACUAGUGCUCUGAAUGUCAAACGAAGACUCAUUCCGCAGAUGAAUGCCCAUUUCGCUGCUCUCUGCUCCUCUCUAGAUGCAAUCAUCCCUCCAGAUCCAACCAACAACAACGACGAGAAAAACCUGGUGGAUGCUGAUAAACUGGCGAGGUUCUUCUCCAAGAAGGAUAACAGGCCUCUGCUCACCUUUGGCUUGAAACAACUGGUUGACAUGGUGAGAUCACUGUUCCGGUGUGUGCAGCAAGCAUGAGGUGUCCAAAAUCUAAACUGUUGGUAUAUCUGUGAAGUAUGGCUGUGAUGUGGAACAUCUAAAUAUGUUUACUCUUCAUGACUGUUUUUAGAAAUGGCUAAGUUGCUGAACAACUUUGCUGUUCUUGUAAAUUAGCUAAGACAGAGGUGCUGAACUUAUGAAAACCUGUUCAUGAGUAUUGUUCAAAGUUCAAGAGUUGAUCUUCUAAACACCUGUACCGUACUCAUGUGUAUUAUAGUGGUGAUGUUGAACUUUUAAACACCUGUACUUGUCCCUGAGUUAAUCAUGGAUGUGAUGUUAAUUUUCUAAACAUCUGUACUCAUGAGUUUUAAUCAUGGAUGAAUUGUUGAUCUUCACAGAACAUGCACUGUUCAUUUGUGUAAAGUGAUG